UCAUAUUCCAAGAUGGCGGCGCCCAUGGAAGAAAUCAAUUUGGCCUGGAAAACAGCAGAAAAUGUCUUAAGUCCAUGGAAGAAUACAGAUUUGUCUGCCAAUAAGGAAGAUGGUCAGUUCAGCACAGCAGUCAACAUCCUUUGUCAGAAUGGCCUCAUGGAUCUGCUGGAGGACUGGUUUUUCGAGGCCCUUCAAGAGGACCUACGAGAGAGGGUGGCUCCAAAGUUUCUGGGAUUCUUUGAGAAAAAACCACAGCUGGAAGAUAAAGAUGCUGAAGACAAAGUCGAAGGAGACAUCUCACAGCUACUGCAGGCUGUGGAAUACUUGCAUGGCGUGACUCAGGACUAUAAGCCUGCCUUACACAUUCUUGAGGGACUACCCAGGGAAACUAACAGGAAUUACUCAAUGCUUGCAUUCUGUGGAGUAUCGACAGUGGCUGAUGUACUUCGGAUCCUGCUACGGGCUGUUGUGUUUACCCAGGCAACCCCCGUGUUCAGGCAAUGUGUGGACCAUUUUUACAGUCAGACUUUCCGAGUGUUCAGGCAGCACAACAAACCUGCACAGGAAGAGGAGAGUGAGGAGGAGGUCACUGAGUGUAUGGGAUGUCAGAAGGAGCAGUCAGAUUGUCGCUGUGAGAUGAUACGGAAACGCUUUCAUGACACUAACACUAAACUUGAUGAGAUAGGUUUGCUGGAGCAGGUGUCCGGUACCGCGGUAACGACCUUAGUGCAUGAACAGAUCGCCCACCAUGUGGAGUCUACGUGCAAGGGAAACUUUGAAACACCAUACCUAGCAGAGCUUGAGGAUUGGUUGGAGAACAAGGUGCUUGUCUGGCUCAAGCUUGUAUAUUCUGGUAACCUUAGCAACACAGGAAGCACCUGCAUUGAGGGCUUCAAAGGGAGACUACAGCACUUCCUGUGGGAGACAUACGCUAGGGUACAGAUUGAGCAGCUGUUUAAUAUCAUUAUAGAGUACCCUGAGUCUGAGCCAGCAGUCCAGGACUUAAAGACAUGCUUGGAGAAGACAGACAUGCGAGGACACUUGGUGACCACACUGAAGUCUGCCCUGGAAACACGCCUGCUGCACCCUGGAGUGAAUACAGCCGACAUAUUGACAGCGUACAUUUCUGCUAUACGAGCACUGAGGGCCCUCGAUCCUGCUGGAGUUAUACUGGAGCUUGUCUGCGAUCCUGUCAGAAAGUACCUGAGGUCCAGGGAGGACACAGUGCGAUGUAUAGUCUCCAACCUGACAGAUGAUGGAAGCAAUGAACUAUUGGAAGAACUGGUGAAAGGGCAGCCCCCUCCUGACACCGGGGCCCCUGGGGAGGAGGAUGCAGAUGAGUGGAGAAAAUGGAUGCCUGAUCCUGUGGAUGCUGACCCAGCCUCGGCAUCAAAAAGUCGGCGAGCUUCUGACAUCAUCAGCAUGUUGGUGAACAUCUACGGGAGUAAAGAGCUGUUUGUGAAUGAGUAUCGUACACUCCUGGCCGACCGGAUCCUCACCAACUUCAGCUAUGAGAUUGAGAAAGAGAUUCGCUACCUCGAAUUGCUUAAGCUGCGUUUUGGGGAUGAACUACACUUUUGUGAGGUGAUGUUAAAAGAUGUGGCCGACUCUAAACGUGUAAACACUCGCAUCACUGAUGAGCGAAAACAAAAGGGAGAAGUCGAGGAUGUGGAGGUGUCGGCUAUGAUUCUGUCUGCCCAGUUCUGGCCGGCAUUUCGUGAGGAGAAAAUCAGCCUCCCGGAGCACAUGCAGGCCUUGCUCGCACAGUUUACGUCCAAGUUUGAGGCCCUGAAAGGCAACCGCACCCUUAACUGGAAGUCACAUCUCGGUCUGGUUUCCAUGGAGGUUGAGCUGAAGGACAGAACACUCAACUUUAAUGUCUCCCCCGUACAUGCAGCCAUACUCAUGCAGUUUGAACAACAAGAGCGAUGGACAGUGGACGAGUUAAGCACAGCGUUGCAAGUACCUGCAACAGCCCUCCGCCGGAAGAUCGCAUUCUGGCAGUCCCAGGGGCUACUGAAAGAAGAGACUCCUGAGUUCUUAUUGGUCGAGGAGCACAGGGGUCGGGGUCAUGACCUGGUUGUCGGGGACGACGAAGAGGCUGAGUCUGCCAUGGCAUCUGCGCAUGCCCAGAAAGAGGAAGAACUUCAGGUGUUCUGGACGUACAUUGUGGGGAUGCUGUCUAACCUGGAGUCGCUUCCACUUGAGCGAAUACACAGUGUACUGCGCAUGUUUGCCAUGCAGGGAACAUCAGGGGAGAUUACUCUAGAAGAACUCAACCACUUUCUCGACAAAAAGGUCAAGGACCAAGCACUUGCUUAUUCCGGGGGCGUGUACAGACUGCCCAAAUCUUCAUGACAUUAUAUUUUAUGUUCUGUGAUCAAUUUUCAUUAAAACAAACUUUAUCCAGUGUCAUAAUGAUAUGUGUUGAAUUUUAGAUAAAAAGUAACGAUAAAUGUCGGUAAUCUCAUUAAAUGAGUGUUUGUUUCCUCAUGAUUAGUGAGUCAUAUUGAAAAUUUUGACAUUGCAAAAUGCAGACUUGUAAUAAAGGUUUUCUAUAAUUGCUUCAUUUUUGUGUGGCUUGAAAAAGCAACAUAUAGGUAGGCAACGAUGACAGCAGCGUUCUUGGUGACGACAGCGUCAUCAAAACCUUGUGCAAA